GAAUGGCGAUUGUCGUUUCAUAGGUAGUUCUUAACGAGCGAUUCUUAAAACGCGACAAGAAUUUCAGUCAUCUAAAAAAUUAAGCAAAUCUUCUACCAAACGUCAUUGUAGAUAUAGGAUCGAGUUUCCAAUAUUGACGACAACGAUUCGUUCCUUCGAACGAUUUCCAACGGGCGAAAUGAUGCCGACGAUGCCGCCUGAUUCACAUAAAAUUUCGCUGAAGAUCAUUGAGGCGAUAAAACAACAUCCAGUUCUGUAUAGCGCCGAAGUAAAGGGUUCUUCUGUCAAAUUGCAGGAAUUUCGGCAGAAAGUUUGGAAGAGAAUUUCCGACGAGCUUGGUCUUGAUCCUACUUGGGUGAGAUUAAGAUGGAAAAAUUUAAGGGAUACCUAUUGUCGCAUACUUAAAUAAAACAAAACAGAGAAAGGAGUUCGCAGGAAAAAAUGGAUUUUUGAGGAUCAUCUUAGUUUCUUAAAAUUCCCGUACGAGUCAGAUUACCAACCACAAACCAUAGAAUUAACUGAAGAUUACAUUCAAGACAUAAAUGCUGGUGGCAUCAGUUCUGAAGGUUUAUUAGAACAAUUAGAAGAUCGUAACGACGAAGAUUACAGCGAAUACUUGGAGGUCCUAGAAGAAACAACAGCCGAUCCGAUUUUAGAUCAAAAUUCUUUCGAAUUAAACGACAAUGGAGAUAAUGUAAUAAAAAAUAUAGAGGUAGAAGAAGCGAUGCAACAUGAUAUCGAUACGUAUGCGCAACAAAUUCAGUCGAAAUUUAGAAAAAUAAGACCAAAGAAAAUGAAAAUUGAUUCUCUAGAAGUGCCUUCAACUUACAGUAUCUUAAAAACUUCAUCUUUCAAAAAUAAAACGGUCGAUACACCAAUUUUUGUUAACUCGCCGGCAAGUAGUCCAGCAAAAAAUUCUACUAAGAUAGAAGAAACGCAGAAUAAUUACGACCAAGUCUAUUUAGCACCGGAAGGAAAGAGUAGCAUCGAACUGUUUUUCGAUAGUAUGGCGCAAACGGUUAAACGACUUCCUCCAAAAGCGCAAGCAGAUAUUAAAAUGGAUAUCUGUAAAAUAGUAACAGAGGCGGAACUUAGGUAUUCUGGACGCAGUACGCCUCAGAGUACUCAGCAAUUUAUUGCACCACCUGGAAUGAUUCCUAAAUUAGUUCUCAUUCCAUGUAGUAUGAUCGACGGACAGAACCAAAAAGGUUGAUCAUUUUGAAAUCCUUCCUAACGGAAGAGUUGUUGUGAUCUAUUGGAACAAACAAGUUAGUUGAAUUCGUGCUAAAGGGAUGCCCGAUGAUCAGAAUAGGUGACAACUAUUGAAACCAAAAGAACAUUUUCACUAGAAAUAAUUUUUCUAUUUAAUACCUCGUUUCUUGUUUUUAUAAACUGAAUUGAAAACAGAACUAUGUUAAUUAUGUAUAUAAGUAUUAUCAUUACAUUUUAAGCUAUUGUUACAUAUAAAUAUACCUAUUUUGUUAUGAAAA